AAAAAAAACUUGUUAAUCUGUAACCCAUGGAUCCUCUUGACCACGCUCCUUCCUAUAGUCUCUUAUGCCCACAAGGACGAUUUCAAAAAGAUGAAGAAAGCUAUCACACAAUCAAGAGCUCUUAUUUAAUUUCUGAUGCAGCAGACGGAAAGUCCAAUCAUCGUCACUUGGUGUUUCUUCGCAACCGAAAAGAAGAUGGAUUACGAUACAUAUUAUGUCAGGCUUGUUACAACUUGAUUGAAAAUCAAACCUAUUACAUCUGCAGCUACUGCAACUGGAAGAGCUACCACAAAGAAUGUGUUGAGUCUCCUUCCAAGUUCCAUUCCUCUGAUCAUCCAAAACAUCCACUCCAACUUGUUUGGUUUCCCGGAAAUCGGAGACAACAUCAAAAACAAUGUUGUUCUUGUAGACGUUAUCGAGGCCGGCUACUUUACUAUUGCUCUAUUUGCGAUUUUUCAAUCGAUCCAGUGUGUGUGGGAAAACCAACAUCCCUUAUUAUAGACAAUCCAAAAAGGCAUAAGCAUACCCUCCAUUACUUUCCAAGAAUAUCUGCUUUGGUUUGCGACGUGUGUGGGUUGGAGGGUCAUAUUGAUUACUUAUACGUAUGUCUCCUAUGCGCGGAUUUCAUUGUCCAUAAACGAUGUGUUUACUUCCCAUUUGUCAUUAAAGUAUCCCGUCACAACCAUCGUCUCGGUUUCACUUAUAAACUUCCUUACGAGAAGUCGACUGAUUGUGGAGUUUGUCAUACGAAGAUAAAAGAAAAUUUCGGAGAAUACUCUUGCACCAAGGAGGGAUGCAUUUAUGCAGUGCAUUCCAGAUGUGCGAUGCAAAGGAAUGUGAGUGACGGGAAAGAACUUGAAGGAGAGCCUGAAGAAGUAUAUGAAGACACUAAAAUGUUUGAGGAGAAAGGCGAUGGGAUUAUACAGCAUUCCACUCAUCCGUCUCAUCCUUUGAGACUUGAAAACAAAUUCCACGAUGAAAGCAAGCAUUGUCAAGCAUGCAGACUUCCUUCUUAUGAUGAUCAUGGUGGUAAUGUGUAUCGAUGUACGAUGCAAUGUGAUGAUUUCAUUUUGCAUGAAUCAUGUGCAUAUCUUCCUCGUGUUAAACAGUUUAUGCUACAUGUUCAUCCAUCGAUUCUAGAUCCCAGUUAUACCACAAAUUUUUUCCAAUGUUGGAAAUGUUAUCGUUACUCAUGCGGUUUCAAAUAUGUAUGUAGUCGUCCUCGUCAAGAGUGUGAUGUGGAGUUAGACAUAAUUUGUGCUUCUAUAUGUGAGCCGUUCGAUCAUCACUGUCAUCCACAUCCCUUGUUCAUUAGUAGUGCUGAAUACGAAUGCAAAACAUGUUCCAUCUGCAGUCAAUCUAAAAGGGUGCGUGAACCUUUAUAUUGUGUGAAAUGCGAUUUUGUUUUGUGCUUUCGUUGUGCCACUCUUCCGCAUAAAGCCAGGUAUGAACGUGAUGAGCAUUUGCUCAUUUUUUCUUACGAAGAAGAUGCAAAUGAUGAUGAGCUUAUUGGGCGAGGAAGACAUAAAUCCAAGGAAAGGGUUAUAUGCAUGCAAUAAGUGUGGACUCACACUCCACAUCGAAUGUUUAUUAGGGAGAGAUCCGUAUAUGAAGCUUGGAUCAUAUUCAAAUUCGAGAAGAAAGGUGUAUAUUCUUCCUAACACUUGUUCAACUCGACCUAUAUGCAAAACAUGCCGAAGACGUUGUCCUCACAAAAUAAAAAUAAAAUCAUCUCGUGAUCCAUAUACAUACUGCUCUUUUGAUUGCUACAGAACGUAUGGUUUAGCGUUCAUGUAACAAUUAUUGUGUUUACAAUGCAACUCCAAAUGUAAAUAUGUAAUGUGGGGUUUUUAUUUUAAAUUGAUCCAUGUUGUCAAAAGUUAAACAGAAUUAAAGAAGAAUGCUCCAAGAAAUUAAAAUAGUAUGGUUUCUCUCUCUAAA